AUGGCGACCACAGAAACAGCGCCUGCAGCCGCCGAGCCAUUGCCGUUGCCAUGCGAAGCGAGCUUCUCCAGCAGCACCCCCACCGAUACGGAUGCAAGCUCUUCCUCCAACUCAUCCAACAACGCGUCGCUCACCUCGACUCCUCCGACAACCGCGUCGCCCGACAGCAUCUCUCUGGCUUCUGAGCUCGAGUGCCAGAAAGAAGAGGCUGUGGCAGUGCCGACUGUCGUGGCCGCCAUUCCCACCCCUGAAGCCGACCAGCAUGACCAGCACGCUCAACGUGACAACAACAAGCCAGAGAAGCAAACGCCCGCCGGCCAAGAUGCAAUUGUGGUCGCCGGGCACCAGGCUUCUGCCGAACCGCUUGCGACGUCCCGCCCAAGGCGAGCGCGUGCAAGCGCGCCAGUGUACAAUCUCGCCAAACUCGUAGGAACGGAUGUACAUGGAAGACGACGCGCAAAAGGAGACAUUGUCCAAGGGAAAAAGCGGCGGCAUACAGUAUCAGAUACGAGACAGGUAGAGGUUGCCAACACAAGCGCCAGUGAACCCAUCAACGCGUCUCAGACGCUCCAACUUUCCAGAGACGUUGAGAACACUAAAGCUUCCACAGUCUCCAAAAAGACAAAGAAAACUUCUGUCCCAUCACCGGUGACGCGUCGUGCGACGCGCUCUUCUGGAUUGCCGCUCGAGGAUCUGACAACCAAACUAGCAGCCCUUAGCAAGCGCGGCAAAAAGGCCAUUGAAAAAGAGCUGAAGUCGCUGCCACGCGAACUUAGGCGCCUACAAGACACCAAUGAGUUUGCUCAUAUUGAUACUCGUCCUGUGCGCUACACCGUCUGGAGCAAUGGAAAAUACGUUGACGUAGAUCCUUUCCAGGCGACAUCCUCCUCCGAGCCACCGCGAAAGAAGGCCAAGACCGAGAAGAGUCCUGAAGCUACCAAAGACUCGGAACCGGAGAGAAAUUCGGACAAAAACAAGGAAGCCAAGGAUAAGCAGGACGGCCAGGACAAGCAGGAGCCCCGUCCAAUUGGAGCCAUCAAGCCCCGGCCCAAGAAAUGGCUGGAGAAAGGUCUUUACGCUGGCCAAGAAUACCCUACUGAUAUCAUGAAGACUUUGACCGCACCGGAAAGGAAGAAGCUGCUGUACAUGCCAGAACUGAUGCCAAGCGGGAAGCCAAACAAGGUGCUUCCAUUGCCCAUGUAUAAUGGCUUUCGGCUGUUGCUCCAUGGGCGUGAUUUCAAGCUGCCUUAUGACGUUUGCCACCCUCUUCCUCCUGGGCAGCCUAAGCCUGCUGCUUAUCGCACCAUGACCAAGAACCGAUUUGUUGGAGAUGCUGCUGCAUACUGGAAGAAGAACCCUCACUUUGGGGAUUUCGCUUCUAAGUGCGUCUGCAAGCCAGAAGACGGUUGUGGAGAGACAUGCCAGAACCGCAUCAUGCUGUAUGAGUGUGACGAAACGAACUGUAACAUUGGUAAGGAGUACUGCACCAACCGUGCAUUUCAGGAACUCCAAGAGCGCACCAAGAAAGGUGGGCGCUACCGCAUUGGCGUUGAGGUGUUUAAAACUCCAGACCGAGGUUACGGGGUCCGCAGCAAUCGCUGCUUUGAACCGAACCAGAUAAUUAUGGAAUAUACUGGUGAGAUUAUCACCGAGGAAGAGUGCGAGCGACGGAUGAGGGAAGAGUACAAAGACAAUGAGAACAUGAUCAUUGAUGCAACUAGCGGUAGCAUCGCGCGGUUCGUCAAUCACUCAUGUUCGCCCAAUUGCCGUAUGAUAAAAUGGAUCGUCAAAGGGCAGCCGCGCAUGGCCCUCUUUGCUGGAGACCGCCCCAUUACCACGGGCGAGGAAUUGACGUACGACUACAACUUCGAUCCCUUCUGCGCUAAGAACGUGCAGAAGUGCUUGUGUGGUAGUGCGAAUUGCCGAGGUGUGCUCGGCCCUAGGCCCAAGGAGGUAAAGCCUCCCAAAAAGGAAGACAAGCAGCAGAUGAAGAAGGGCAAGAAGGGCAAGAAGUCCAAGGCAUCCGCUGCAAAGAUGCAGAAGCCAGAAAAACAGCAGAAGGAGGGAAACCCAAGAGAUAUCAAGUUGGCAGACAAAUCCGCCAGAGGAAUGAAGCGUAAACUUAAGGAUGCGUUUGAGUUCGAUGCCGAUGACAAGGAAGACGGCAAGUCCAUCAAGAAGCGAAAGACAAAGACCACAGCUGGCAAAGGAUCUAAAGUCCUUGCAAGAAAACGGGCAUCCGCAAAGGGAGUGACCAAAGGGAGGUCAAAGGCAGUGACAUCGGCAAAAACGGCAGCUAAGCGCAUCGUGGUCAAGAGCACCGUUGCUAAGAGUGCUGUAAAUGAGCGCAAACGGAACGUCUCGAGCAACGUUUCUGUCACCCUCAAACCCACCACAAAGACUAGGUUGACUCUGACUCCGCGCAAGCGACCGAAUACAGCCAUCACGAUCAAGGCAGCAAGCAGCCGCCAGACCAAGACUGGCAAGGCCGGACUCGCAAAGGGUUACAGCAAGAAAGCAGUCAUUAUUGAUGCAGCUGCUCAAUCAAAUGAUCAGCCCCAGAACAAAGCGACCACGUCUAACAGAAGUCCCGGCACGACUAUCAUCGCAGCAGGCGUCUCGACUGACAGCCCGAACAAGGAGAACGAGCAGCAAGAGCACUUGGAAAAGCCGGAUGCUUUGCAGUCUCACGACCAAGAACUGUUGCGUCAAGCCACGGAAGCCUCACCGGCGGCACCGAAGCUGAAGACGUCAUCCAGGAAAGUGAUUCCCUCGCGCAAGGCGCUGGAGGCGGCAGAGACACAGGAGGUUAAGGCUGCUGCCAAGGCCAAGAAGAUGGUAGCGGCAAAGGACAGAGCUGCAGGGGCGAAGAGAAAACUUUCGAUCUCUAUCUAA